AUGCUGAAUGGGUUCAGAAAAGCAACAGGACCAGAGUUCAUCCUCAGAAGAGGGAAGUGGACCGGGAACAGCGCAUUUCCUGCUUCGCCGGUGCAAACCCCAGGCGGAGCCAAGCGGGAACAGGGUUACGACCAAGGAGUCACCAGCUGCCAGGACGCGGUUCGGGGGCGCCUGCAGGGGUCCGCAUACUGGGGAGGGAUUCGGACGGAGGGAGUUCGACAGGGCGUGAAAGCAAAACACACGCCUCCCAUCCUCAUGCAUAACAUCCGCCGCCAAAGCCCCUCUCGCCAUCCCCUUUUUCGGCUCCCGCACAGCGGAGGGGCUGGGGCCGAGAGCAAGGUGCCACGUCCGUGGGGCUCCGACCCUAAGGACCUACGGAGGGAUGGGGAGGGGCGGUGGAGUGGGUGGCCACGUCUUCCGGGCCACUCGGUCCUCCCCACCUCUUCUAUCCCGCCCGCGACCUUCGACCUCGCAUCCCGGACCCACGGGGGACAGGGAGGAGACGCGCAAGGGAUACCAUUGUCUAUUCAUCGGCGGGCCUCCGCGGCGUUUUCCCUGGGUUUGAGGCGCGCAUUCCCCUCCCCGCCCCCAAAGACUUGCUCUCCAGAGCCAACCCGGAUCUGUCUGGGUGCCCACGGCCUUCCCUAACGACUUGAAAGUCCUUCGACCGGCUCCCGCUUCCCGAGCACGGAAAACACAAAAGCCUGCAGGAAAUCACCCAGUCUUCGCCUGCUCACUCGGGGGCCCGGGAAAAUGAGCGGCUCCGACUCCCCUGGGUCUGAGCCACAGCUCGUCACCUACCCGGGUUAACUUCUGCGCCCGCUGGCCAAAGGCCCCAAGUGGCAGCGGGCACAGCUUCUUGCUGCGCUAGUCGCUUCCUCCGCCAGCCUUUCGAGCCUCGAGUCUGGCCUGGGGACCGCGAGUGCAAUUAGUAGCCAGGAACCCAGGGAUCCUGGGCUGUGCGGUGCAAAUGCACCCGGGCGGCUACAGGAGACUCUUACUCGCGAAACUUGUUUGUUGUCCCCCACCCCGCCCCCGCCCGAAUCCCCCGCGUAAAUCUCUCGUGUUGAGAAAAGCAAGGCUUGCAGGAAACCACUCCGGAUGUUUGCUGCUUUUCAUGUGGCAUUUGUGGCGGGCUCUGAUAACGUCUAGAGCUCGACUUCCAACACCGCGUUUAGUAAAGAGACCGAAAUAGAAGAGUCCACACACACCACGGACUGGUCUGCGGCGCCGCAGCCCCCAAUGCCCUCGCCCCCCAAAAUACAUGACAAGUGAAUUAUCAGAAGAAUUUAAAUCUAGGUAACGGUAGGUAAAAGGGACUAGUCUUAAAAAGGAACCGUAAUUCCCAACUGGCAAAUACAAGUAAACUACUAUUUUAUAACUGCCAGGGAAGGCGUUCUAAGAAGUGGGGGAGGGACGCAAAACCUGAAUAUCCCACUCCAUCCUGUGGAUGCUGUGCUUUCACCCGAGUUCUCAGUAAUCUUACCUGACAACAGUCAGCAAUCUGUCUCCAGGAACACGUGCAAAUAAUAAUGGAGAUCUCCAGGUUGUAUCUCCCAUCAGCGCCUCUCUGCAUCUCUCCUUGGAAUGGUGUGGGCCAGGAAGAAGAGGAUGAAGAAAGUGUACAAGGGUAAAUCCAUGCAUAGACAUUUUUUUGGAUUCACACUCGGAUUGAAUUUCCUGUACCUUAUUUUAUUAUUAUUAUUAUUUACAGGACUAAUCAAGUAGAUUAAUAUAGGCAGAUAAAAUGGAUUCUGGAAUGGGCAUUGUUUUUGUUUGGUUUUUGAUCUCUAGUCAAACGAAACUCCUGUUCAUAAAAACUUUUGCGCUGAUACAAAAUCUGCUUUAAGAUCUUUGCAAAGAUAUUAUUACCUAGGAGAAUUAGAGAAGAUCGCUCGCCAAGAAAACAAGGAGCAAGACGCUAUGGGGUGAAUUUGUUCUCUCUACUCCUAUAGUUUCCUUAUUUAUAUAACAAUUUGCAAAGCAAUUAUGCUUAAUUUUCAAGCCUAUAUUUAUUUCAGAAAAAAAAAAAGCUUUAAAGGAAAGGUACACAAUCAGUUGAAUUUGUUUAAGAUCAGCUACUUCAAAACUACCCAUUAAAAAUAAUACUUGUCUA